AAGAGCAUCAGCCAUGCAUUGCAGUAGCAGCAGCAGCAGAAAUAACAACGGCAGUAGCGGCGGCAGCAGGAAUUAGGCGCAUCUGCUGCUCCCACUCAUCUGAAUGCCUCUUUUAGGACGUGCAAGAGUCCAGAUCCCUUUGCGCCCACCUCCAGUGUUAAAACCACCGCCGGGAUGGACUGUUGAAUUCAGGAAGCAUCGCAGACCUGGUCAUACAACCCAGCUGGCUUGCUCUCUGCUUUAUUUAUCUAUUACUGGUUAUUUAAAUUGAACUUUUAAUAACCUGCCAGCUGCUCUUCAGACACACAUGGUGCAUUGUUGUCAUUCCCAGAAUCGCAUCUUUGAAAUCCAGGCCCUCAGUAACCUUCAUCGAACAAAGAGGCGACCUAGAGGAUACAUCUGCAGCAGGACGUUUUGAAACCUGCUGCCCUCUAGCUUUCUUGGCCGGUGCUGGUUUUUUUUCUAGCACAUCAUGGAGCCCACAAUGGAGUAUUGCUUGGCACAGGUUCUGCAGAAAGAUGUUGGGAAGAGACUUCAAGUUGGCCAAGAACUGAUAGACUAUUUCUUGAAUAAACAAAAAUCAGCUGACCUUGAACACGAUCAGACCAUGCUGGAUAAAAUGGUUGAUGGUCUUGCUACCUCGUGGGUCAAUUCCAGCAAUUAUAAGGUUGUCCUGCUGGGUUUGGACAUCUUAUCUGCGCUGGUGUCACGACUCCAAGAAAGAUUUAAAGCCCAAAUCGGCACAGUGCUACCAAGUUUAAUUGACAGACUAGGAGAUGCGAAGGAUUCGGUGCGAGAACAAGAUCAAGCACUGUUGCUAAAAAUCAUGGAGCAAGCUGCUAACCCUCAGUAUGUAUGGGACAGAAUUUUGGGAGGAUUCAAACACAAGAAUUUCCGGACGAGAGAAGGAAUUUGCCUCUGCCUUAUUGCAACGCUCAAUGCAUCUGGAGCUCAGAGUUUAACGCUGAGCAAGAUUGUGCCACAUAUAUGUAAUUUACUUGGAGAUCCAAACAGCCAGGUUCGAGAUGCAGCAAUAAAUAGCCUAGUAGAAAUCUACAGACACGUAGGGGAACGUGUAAGGGCUGAUCUCAGUAAAAAAGGAUUGCCACAGUCUCGGUUGAACAUAAUUUUUACAAAAUUUGAUGAGGUCCAGAAAUCAGGAACCAUGAUCCAGGGAUCAGGUGAUAAAAACUUUGAUGAUGACGACUCUGUGGAUGGGAACAGACCUUCCUCUGCCAGCUCCUCCACAUCUUCAAAGGCUCCUUCAACCUCUCGAAAAGGUGGGAUGGGAACUGCUCGUAGAGUUGGGACAGCAGCUCUGGUCUCAAAAACCCCAGUGACUAAAGAAGGAGCUGGUGCCGUUGAUGAAGAGGAUUUCAUUAAAGCUUUUGAUGAUGUCCCAACUGUUCAGAUUUUUUCCAGUCGAGACCUUGAGGAAUCCAUCAACAAAAUCAGAGAAAUUCUGUCAGAUGAUAAACAUGAUUGGGAACAAAGAGUAACUGCACUAAAAAGGAUCCGUUCUCUUUUGUUGGCUGGAGCAGCUGAAUAUGAUACCUUCUUCCAACACCUGCGCCUGCUCGAUGGAGCAUUUAAAUUAUCUGCUAAAGACUUGCGGUCCCAGGUAGUACGAGAGGCUUGUAUCACAUUGGGGCAUUUGUCAUCGGUCUUGGGUAACAAGUUUGACCACGGUGCAGAAGCCAUCAUGCCAACGAUCUUUAAUCUCAUUCCCAACAGUGCCAAAGUCAUGGCCACCUCUGGUGUGGUAGCUGUUAGAUUGAUUAUCCGACAUACGCACAUCCCUCGACUAAUCCCCAUCAUCACCAGUAACUGUACCUCCAAGUCUGUUGCAGUUAGAAGACGCUGUUUUGAAUUUUUAGAUUUACUUUUACAGGAAUGGCAAACACACUCUCUAGAAAGGCAUAUAUCAGUAUUGGCAGAAACAAUAAAGAAGGGAAUCCAUGAUGCUGACUCUGAAGCACGGAUAAAAGCCAGAAAGUGUUACUGGGGCUUCCACAACCAUUUUAAUCGAGAAGCAGAACAUUUAUAUAAUUCACUGGAAUCUUCUUACCAGAAGGCCCUGCAAUCUCACUUGAAGAACUCUGAUAGCAUAGUGUCCUUGCCCCAAUCAGAUCGCUCCUCUUCUAGCUCCCAGGAGAGUCUCAACCGUCCACUUUCUGCCAAAAGGAGUCCAACUGGAAGUACUACAUCACGAGCAUCUACAGUGAGCGCAAAAUCAGUGUCAACCUCAGGGUCUCUGCAACGUUCCCGUAGUGACAUCGACGUGAAUGCAGCAGCCAGUGCCAAAUCUAAAGUAACAUCUUCUGGGUCAGAUGCUCCCUUUAGCUCUGCUGCAGCCCUGCCCCCAGGCUCCUAUGCAUCACUAGGUCGGAUCCGUACAAGAAGGCAAAGCUCUGGAAGUACCACAAACAUUACCUCAACACCUCCUGACACUCGAGGCCGCAGCCGGGCUAAAGUAGUUUCACAGUCGCAGCCUGGCAGUAGAUCCAGUUCCCCCGGCAAACUCUUGGGAAGUGCAUAUGGUGGACUGAACAGUGGAACAGCCAGGGGACCCCCAGUGCCAUCACCUUCUGACAAACGCAGCAAGGUCCCACGAAGUCAGGGCUGUAGUCGAGAGACAAGUCCAAACAGGAUGGGUCUAGCACGGAGCAGCCGUAUCCCCCGACCCAGCGUGAGUCAGGGGUGCAGCCGCGAUACCAGCCGUGAGAGCAGCCGAGAUACAAGCCCUGCUCGGGGCUUCCCUCCACUUGCCUCUCGACGUCAUUCCAGGUCCACUAGUGCUCUCUCCACUGCUGAUUCUGUUGGGCAGUCAGACCGGUUUGGGCUUGGACAGCCAGGCAGGUUGCCUGCCUCAGUGAAUGCAAUGCGAGUCCUCAGCACUAGCACGGAUCUGGAGGCUGCUGUGGCGGAUGCACUGCUCUUAGGAGACUCCAGGAGCAAGAAAAAGCCAGUGAGACGAAGAUAUGAGCCGUAUGGGAUGUAUUCUGAUGAUGAUGCAAACAGUGAUGCCUCGAGUGCUUGUUCAGAACGUUCUUAUGGGUCCAGAAAUGGAGGAAUCCCACACUACCUACGACAGACAGAGGAUGUGGCCGAGGUCUUAAACCACUGUGCUAGUUCCAACUGGUCUGAGCGGAAAGAGGGGCUAAUAGGCCUGCAGAACUUGCUAAAGAGCCAGAGGACAUUGAGCCGAGUGGAAUUGAAAAGGCUAUGUGAAAUAUUCACACGCAUGUUUGCAGACCCUCACAGCAAGGUUUUCAGCAUGUUUCUUGAAACCCUGGUAGACUUCAUAAUUAUUCACAAGGAUGAUUUGCAAGACUGGCUUUUUGUCCUCCUGACACAGUUACUCAAGAAGAUGGGAGCUGACUUGUUGGGAUCAGUACAGGCAAAAGUGCAGAAAGCUCUGGAUGUAACAAGGGAUUCUUUUCCAUUUGACCAGCAGUUUAAUAUCCUAAUGAGGUUUAUUGUAGAUCAAACCCAAACGCCAAAUCUUAAGGUAAAAGUGGCAAUCCUCAAGUACAUUGAAUCCUUGGCCAGACAGAUGGACCCAGCAGAUUUUGUGAACUCCAGCGAGGCAAAACUUGCUGUUUCUAGAAUUAUCACUUGGACAACAGAACCAAAGAGCUCAGAUGUGAGAAAGGCAGCGCAGAUAGUCCUGAUUUCUCUGUUUGAACUGAACACUCCUGAGUUUACCAUGUUACUUGGUGCCUUGCCAAAAACAUUCCAGGACGGUGCUACCAGACUUCUACACAACCAUCUCAAGAAUUCCAGUAACACUAGCGUGGGUUCUCCUAGUAAUACAGUGGGACGAACUCCAUCACGGCACCCUAGCAGCAGAACCAGCCCCUUAACUUCACCUACCAACUGUUCUCAUGGAGGACUAUCUCCAAGUGUGCUGGAUUAUGAUACGGAGAACCUAAAUUCUGAUGAAAUCUACAGCUCUCUUCGUGGAGUCACAGAGGCAAUUGAAAAGUUUAGUUUCCGUAGUCAAGAAGAUCUAAAUGAACCAAUCAAGCGUGAUGGAAAAAAGGAUGGUGAUAUUGUUUCUCGAGAUGGAGGGAUAGCCUCAACAGCCAUUGAUGUACGUGGAAGCAGUGAUGUAGUGGAAGGAGGAAGAAUGGCUUUGGACAACAAAACCUCCCUACUGAACACGCAGCCCCCACGUGCCUUUUCUGGACCUCGAACCCGAGAUUAUAAUCCCUAUCCAUACUCUGACACUAUCAGCGCGUAUGACAAAAGCGCUCUUAAAGAGGCUGUGUUUGAUGAUGAUAUUGACCAGCUUCGGGAUGUGCCCAUUGAUCAUUCUGAUUUGGUGGCUGAUCUUUUGAAAGAGCUAUCCAAUCACAAUGAGCGGGUGGAAGAACGGAAAGGAGCUCUUCUCGAGUUACUGAAGAUCACAAGGGAAGAUAACCUGGGAGUUUGGGAAGAACAUUUCAAGACCAUUUUGCUUUUACUUCUUGAAACACUUGGAGACAAAGACCAUUCGAUAAGAGCCCUGGCAUUGAGAGUGUUGCGAGAAAUCUUGAGGAACCAGCCCGCGAGGUUUAAGAACUAUGCCGAGUUGACCAUCAUGAAGACUUUGGAAGCACAUAAAGAUUCUCACAAAGAGGUUGUUAGAGCUGCUGAAGAAGCUGCUUCCACCCUGGCUAGCUCCAUCCAUCCUGAACAGUGCAUCAAAGUGCUCUGUCCCAUCAUCCAAACAGCUGACUACCCAAUUAAUCUGGCUGCUAUUAAAAUGCAGACUAAAGUCAUUGAAAGGAUCUCAAAAGAGUCUUUACACCAGCUCCUUCAAGACAUCAUCCCCGGGUUGUUGCAGGGCUAUGACAAUACAGAAAGCAGCGUUCGGAAAGCCAGUGUAUUUUGCCUUGUGGCAAUUUAUUCAGUUAUUGGUGAAGAACUGAAGCCUCACCUCGCACAGCUCACUGGGAGCAAGAUGAAGCUCCUCAACUUGUACAUAAAGAGGGCCCAAACCACCAACAGCAACAGCAGCUCAUCUUCAGAUGUUUCCACGCACAGUUAAUGGAGUUCUUUGGACAUACUUGUAGACAUAGAAACAAUCAGCUGUGCCUCUCAGAGACCCUCCCCUCAUCAGCACACUCCAUCUGCUGACGAAGACCAUGCAGAUAUUUACUGCAAUCAGUAUUUUUAGUCCUUUAAGGAUUUUUUAUUGUAGGAUAUUCUUGGUAUUUGAAUGUAAAGGAAGCAAGGCCUGGGUUGCAGUCUUCACACAAAAAUGUCAGUAGAAAGCCAUACAUAAAAUGUUGCAGUUGACCCACUAGCAUUUCUAAAAUUUGGAAGGUUUCUGUAGUAACAUAGUUCUUCAAAGCUUGAAUCAUUGAUAACAGAGUUUGGCUUUAUGUCUGGCUGUUUACUUGUCUUGAUUAUUUUGCAUUUAUUUUAAACCUACACUAUUGACUAGUUCCUCCAGCUCUUCAAUUUUCUAUGAUUUGUUACGAUUUUAAAGCAGGGAUUAUAAUUUGGAAUGUUCUUGCUGUUUUCCAGAGAAAUCUGUACAGAUUACAAGAUCAACCAGGCAUUAUUUUUAUAAUACCAUCACUUGAUGAACCAGGUCAUGGGAAUUCCCCGGGAAUUUCAGAAGAUUUGAAAUAGUCCCGCCGUAUGAGGCAGACACAGAUCUAGAGUACUUACAGCUAUUUAAAGACCUUUCUUUCACUAUCUACUUGCCCUCAGCAUGCAUUUCAGCAUUUUCAUUUCAAUUUUUUUGUUGUAUAACAGUGUGAUUUACUUUAGUAUAAGUUGUUAAGUUUUCCCUUUGAAGGAAAACUAAUAUUAUUUUGGCUGCAGUCCGCUGCCAUGCUUUUUUAAAAAAUAAUUUUUUGUUGUAUAUGUUUCUUUUCUUAAUGUUGUUUUAGUGUUUUUAUUGCCAUGUCCUACAGCUGGUAAAGAACUGUCCUUUCACAUAACAAAUCUCUUUUUUUGUAGAUAACCAUAAUAUAUUCUACCUGUAAAGGAUGACACUUCUUUUUCCUGCUCUGAAUAGUUUAAAAACAGAGCUCUGUUCAGUUAUGGUAUUCACUAAGAAUUUAAUUCCUUCUUUUUAUGAAAUCUGUUCAUAUGCACUGAGAGUGAAUGCACUGUAAUGUCUGUAAACUGAGUAUCCACACGAUUACAAUCAGAGGAACGGACAGACCAUCUUUUAGAAAAUAUAUGUGAAAUUUGCUACUACUGCUGCUUCAAACCUCAGUAAGAAAUUUAUAUUUCCCAAAAGCUAAUUGGUUUUCAGAAGCUGCAAUUUGGAUAACCAGGCCUUACUUUCUUAAUAAAAUACUGUUUUUGUUUCUCAGCUAGUGCUCCUUAGAGUGAUACUUGUUCUGUUAAUAGCCACCCAUUGAUCAGUGACUCACCAUCCUUUGAGUACGCCACGACCAUCACCCCCCACCCAUGCAAUCUGGAUUAUUUAUAACCCCAUUUUGUGUCUAAUGUACCUAGAAAAUUGUUUUGUUUGUCUGUUAGUAUUUCAGAGUCUUGUUUCUUUAGGUGGUACUCAAAGGGCUAGCUUAGUCUGCACCUAUUUUUUUUUAAGCCAUUCAAUUGAGUAUGGAGGUUGGGUGUUUCCCAGUCAAAAGGAAUUCUUUUGGCCAAUCCAUACAGGUGAAAAUAUAUCUGCAUGUUGUUGGCACUUAGAUAUCAGAAUGGGGAGGGCUCCACUUUUUCCCAACACUGUCCAAAUGUCUACAGCUGCCUUUUCCUUGCUGCCUCUUAAAGCAGGACUUCCCCCCCCCCAGAGUUUUUGAAAGAGAGAUUUCUUUUCAUUGUGUUUUUCUUCCUCCCCCUCAUCUUUUCCCCCAGGCCUUUUAUAUCUGAGAAUCUGCACAGAACAACCCUGCCUGCCAUUGGGUUGCCUUAGAUGGUGACAUCCAUGCUAUUACUGGGGCACCAGUCUUCCCAGGGUAUGAACAAACCAACCAACGCAACCCCUUCUAGGUCUCUCAUGUAGUGCUGAAUUAACUGAGGCAUGUGGCUUUCUUUUAAAAAGUACACUAUGUGUGCUUGCCUGGAUUACAAAAUAAAACUUUUCUAUCACUUCCUAACUAGCUUCUCAGUAACCUGUAUAAGUAAUGUAACUUGCAACAUUGUCAUAUAAAUCUUCUUUCUACCACCUGCCCAGUCCCUUUAUUUAUCACGCGUAAUAGUGCGUAUUACAGGACGUUUGUAGAAUGCAGCAGGACUUUGCUAACAACAAUAAUGUUUUAAAUGGGAAGGACAAGCUGCAAAACCACUCAAAACAGUCAGCUAUCAGGAAAAAAAAGUUCGUUAGCAUAGUGUUCACGCGCAUGUAUUUAAUUUCUGUUUUUGGGUUGGAUUUUUUUUUGCGCUUUUGUCAUGUUACAUCCAUAUCUGUAUUUAUAUCUUAUUUGUUUCAAUUUUGAGUGUAUCAUGGCAAAUGUACAGAUGUUUUUAUGUUAACAUUUACAUGAUAGAAUUUGCUAAAAAAUAAAACCUUUUGAGUUUGCUCUAGAAUAAAUGAAAGCAAUUUAAAUCUUUGUGGAAGCUUCUUUGCACGGCUGCUUCAUCAUAAAGGGAGAUGUUUAAGGUCACUUGAAUGAAUUGUCUACACGGAGACAGAAUUCCUUAAACUCCAUUUUAUGUCAAGGGAUUUACAGUGUGACUUGUACACAUGUACUAUUGUUAGGGAUUACAGCUGUAAUCUUAGCCCUGAGCAGACGCUCAGGCUAGAAAAAUGACUGAUGAUUGUGGCAUGCAUUAGAGCGCAUGUUCUUCAGCCACGAGGCAGCUGUACUCUCUAGUAUGUGGGAAAUGAGUAUGCUGAGUGGGUAGGAUUUGCAGCCAAGGUCAUGAUGUACUUCAAGUAUCUGCCCAAAUAUCUUGUCUUGUAUCAGUCAAAGGGUAUUACUACUUCAGAGAGAAUCAUAAAUGUCAUGCCUCUGACAUAGAGUCAUGAGUUCAAGAGUACAUCACUGCUCUUAAAGAUCACUGCUUCGAGAUACACAGAAGAGCUUGUCAGUGCACUGAAAUCCAUGGGGUUUAACUAUGUACUUGAAAUAAAGCUCCUUUUAAAAAUUUGAUUCAGUCAUGUUGACAUUGAAUGUUCAGCCAAUAAUUCAAA